AUGGACGCAUUGUUGGAGGGACUCAAUGAUGCGCAGAGAAAUGCGGUGACAAGUCCCGCCAAUGUUGUCCAGGUCCUCGCGCCGCCCGGCUCAGGCAAAACUAAAACACUCACAGCACGCGUCGCGUACCACAUCAAUCACGAGCGACUGCAGCCAUGGAACAUCAUUGUAUGUACUUUCACCAUCAAAGCUGCAAGAGAGAUGAAGGAACGGAUCAAGGGAUUUGUUGGAGAGAAGCUUGAGGCAAAACUUAUCCUGGGUACCUUUCAUUCAGUCGCGCGUCGCUUCUUGUCUCGGUACGGUCAAGAGAUUGGGAUUGAUAAGAACUUUGGCAUUGCGGAUACUAGCGACAGUACGGCAAUACUGAAGCGAAUCGUCACGCGUCAUCAGUACACAGUGGAACCUGGCCAUGCUCGUUCCAGGAUCUCCAAACUCAAAGCCAAGGGAACCACCGCCGACGAUUUUCGAAAGACAACAAAGAAUGUCAACGACAAUGAGUUUGCGAUGGUAUAUUCCUCUUACCAAGAACACUUGGCUGCCUCCAAUCUUCUCGAUUACGACGACCUUCUUCUCCGAUGUGUGGAUCUAUUGAAAAAGUCGCCAUCAUGUGUCUCCACGAUACAAGCUGUACUAAUUGACGAGUACCAAGACACCAACAAUAUUCAGUACGAAUUAAUGAGGUUACUAGCCCAAAGAACAAGACGUAUCACCAUUGUCGGUGAUCCAGACCAAAGUAUAUACAGCUUUCGGUCAGCAGAGAUCAAGAAUCUCCUGCGGAUGCGCACCGAUUACCCGGAGUCAGUCGUCAUCAACCUGGAGAACAACUAUCGGUCUUCGGGAUGCAUCCUGACUUCCGCCAUGGCUGUCAUUGAGCAGGAUGAGAGUCGACCACAAAAGUCGCUCAUUGCUACACAUGGCGUUGGUGAGCCUCCCACUCUUCGCCAUCUGGUAUCGGCCAACGUGGAGGCAAAAUGGAUUGUAGAAGAGAUACAUCGGACCAAAACGCUUACAGCGGGGCUGCUGAGCUAUAAUGAUUACGCUAUACUUGUACGCUCAUCUCCUCUCACGCUCCAAAUUGAGCGAGCGCUCGGACAAAUGGGAAUUCCCUAUCGGAUGGUCGCUGGUACGAAGUUCUUUGAUCGGGCGGAGAUUAGGAUCAUCUUAGACUACCUGCGCGUGGUCAGUCAGCCAGAUCAUAAUGAUGCAGUGGCAAGAGUUAUCAAUACACCGUCCCGGAAAGUUGGCGACGUUACUGUGAAGGCACUACUCGAAGAAGCAGAGGUCAGAAAAGUCACUCUGUGGAAACUGGUGCUGGAUAUCGCCCAGGGCAGGAGGAAGUCGGAAAGCAAAGUCUCCGCCCAAGCACAGAAGGGCAUUGAGCAGUUCGUCAAUGUUAUUCUUACCUCGCGCGAGAAGCUUCUUCCUGCUAAAGGCGAAGACUGUAACUUGCUAGGUCUCAUAUCGCACAUUCUGGCUAAAAUACAGUUUCAGUCCCAUCUUAAGCAGACACACAAGGAGAACUGGGAAGAUCGAUGGGCAAACGUGGAGGAGCUGGUGAACCAGGCAACACAGAUGGCUACGGCAGUUGCUAAUGGGGAAGAGAUUUCUGACGACGCCUUGCCAGUGGUAGAGGGCAUCGAACAGCGAAACGACACCGGAGCCGAUAUUCUGUCCAAAUUCUUGGCCAAUGUUACGCUCUCGAGCGCAGCAGACCAGGAGGGAAGCGAACUGGACCAGGUCACCAUCUCUACUAUUCACGCAGCGAAAGGUUUGGAAUGGCCUGUCGUCUUUAUGCCUGCUGUGUAUGACGGAUCUAUACCGCACUCUCGAGCAGAUGACCAGGAUGAGGAGAGGCGUUUGUUGUACGUUGGUAUGACUCGAGCACAAGGCCUAUUAUACCUGAGUUGCCCAGUCAAGCAGUCAGGUCAAGAGCAGACGACCCUUUCCAGGUUCAUUUCCGAUCGGAAGAUACAGAAGCUUUUCAACGACCGAGGACCAGACCUAGCUUUCAAGCGUAGUACCAUACCAGAUUUGGCCCGUAUUCUGCGGAGAGACUGCCCAUCGUCUGAAGACAUCAAAGGUGCUCUCGGCUUGCUGGAACAUCCGGAAGACGACCGAUACCCAGCGACUCGAGAGGAGAUUGACGGGGAUGAUCCAACAUGGGGCGCAUACGGAUCCGACAAGUACAGAAGCGCGAAGCCCAUCGCUGAUGGGCCAAAUCAGUCUUUCAAGCGGCGCAGGCUGGAAUCGUCGAGCUCUUUCUCUACGGACUCAGUAGCGGUCACCAUGAAUAGAGCGUCUGGAUUUUCGAUAGCAACGACGACCAUGCCCACCGUCAAAGCUGGUUUCACCAGUGCCCGGGAUCUUAGAGAUCUCCAGGCAAUGCAGAGAGAAGCAGAGCGUAUUCGAACGCUAGCCAGCACUCCCAACGCAGAGAUUGCCAAGGCAGCCUACAACGACUCCAAGAAAGCAGAAGCAAAGCCUGCCCGAGCGAAAUCUGUCAAGCCACUCGCAAAAGGCCAAGGUGCCAUUACGAGCUUCUUUAAGCGAUCAAACAGCGCGAUAUCCGAGGAAACAGAAACUGCGCCAUCCUUCACUGCGCCGUCUCUGCAACGCUCGCAAUCUUCAAUUUCCACUUACACUCCACUUCAUGACAUAUCCAAUGUGCAAUCCUCCGUUUCGCGACCACCACGCCCGUUUCAACCACUCUCAAUGCCCAAUCACAAAGUUACGAACCGACCAAUUCUCACCAAGCCAAAACGUGCCGAGCCCGAAGCCAGGAUGGAAAGCACGCGGGAAGGAUGGCAGAGAACCAACAAGUCCGACAAAGCAGACGUCAUCGUCAUUUGCUUCGGCAUCUGGCUUUCGGCCAGCGUCUACAUUUCACACAACGUCGAUGAACCAAGUGCAGAAUCAGUCAGCACAGAGGAAGACGCUAGGUGCGAGAAGAAGCAUGCAGCCGUGGAGUGUGAAACAUAG